AUGCCCCACCGUGGCUCAUCGCCACCGUUAAUCAGCCUCCCACUCCUCAUCAUUCUACUACCCAUCCUCACCUUAACCCUCCUCUUCCUCGCCGUCCCUCCACUUCUCUCCGCCGCCACCAACAUCCUCCAACACACUCCCAUCAAAACCACCUGGAACUGGAACUGGAACUCCUUCAACAUCAUCCUCGUCUUUGUCGCCAUCCUCUUCGGCGUUUUCGCUAGACGAAACGACGACGAAUCGUCACCGCCCGAUCAUAACCAUGCAUUCCGCAGAGUUUCGGUAUCUUCCGAAAGAGUUGAAACUAGUGGUGGUUACGAAUCGCAACAAUGGUUUGGAUUCUCCAAUGAUGAAACUACGAACCGGUCGCAGUCACCGGUUACCGGUGUUAACCGGUUGAGAAGAAGUAGUAGUUCUUACCCAGAUCUACGCCAGAUGGAAACCGAUGAUUCACGUUAUAAGUUUCGUUUCUUUGAUGAUCUCGAAAUCGAGAAACAGUUCCGUUCACCGUCUAGAGCAACAUUUUCUACCCCGCGCCACCGCAGACAGUUGCCGGAAUAUCGAAGUCAAUCAGAAGAGCAAGUUCAGAUAAAGGAAAUUCCUGUAGAUACCUUCCAAAUUCAUCCUUCUCCGGUGAAGACAUCCUCACCGCCUCCGCCACCGCCUCCUCCGCCUGCUUCUCGGCGGCGUCAUUCAAGGAGUGAGAUAACGGAGCUUGAAGAUGCUGAGCCGCCACCGACACCGACACCUCUGCGCCCGUCGGCGAAGACCCGAUCGGAACAGAAACACGGAAAGAAUGAGAGAAGGAAAAGUAACGUCAAGAGAGAGAUAGCAAUGGUUUGGGCUUCGGUACUUUCCAAUCAGAGAAAGCGAAAGAAGAAACAGAGACUGGGAAACGACCACAAUCACCAUUAUGAUAAUGUUGAUGAAUUAACAAACAACGCAACAGCGCCGCCGCCACCUCCUCCAUUACCUCCACCUUCAGUUUUUCACAGUAUAUUCAGGAAAGGAAUGGGCAAGAGUAAGAAAAUUCAUUCAGUACCAGCGCCGCCGCCUCCUCCGCCUUCAAGGAGAUCAUCUAAGCCGAAGAAUCAAAUCCCCCAGCCUCCGCUGCCUCCUCCGCCGUCAAGGAGAUUUUCUAAGCCUCAGAAUCAAAUCCCCCAGCCUCCACCAACACCACCUCGCCAGGGAACCCGCAUGAAACCGCCAUUGCCAAACAAACCGACCAACUUCAUCAAUGACACCUUAAACGUCGGCAACCAGUCGCCUCUGAUUCCCAUUCCACCACCUUUACCACCAUUCAAGAUUCCUCCUAUAAAGUUUGAACUUCGUGGGGAUUUUGUUAAGAUACUAAGUAACCAGAGCUCGCGAUGUACUUCACCUGAGCGGGAGCAUAUUGACGGGGAAGUUUCAGAAACCAACCCCGAUAUGAGUCAUAAGAGCAACGGGAAUGGGCACGUUUUCUGUCCAAGUCCUGACGUCAACGCGAAGGCCGCAACAUUCAUUGCUCGUCUUAGGGGAGAAUGGAGGCUACAAAAGCUCAACUCCAUCAAGGAGAAAGGCAAUGGCUCAUUGCCUCUUGCAAGUGAUUUGAUACACUAA